AUGCCAACUAAAAAUAAAAACCUUGUGAAUAACGUGAUUUAUCAGUGUCAUGGAAAAUUAAAGCUCUACAUAAAAGUAAAGCAACGAAUUACCAACCAUGGAGCAGUAGGCAGGGAAGUGGAGGAACUGAAAGAUGGUUAUAAAAAGUGUGUAAAUUCGAACCCAGGACGGUUUCGCCAAGUGGAGUGCUGCUACGAUGGUGGUGCUAAUGACGAUGUGAAGUUAGCCAGCUGUGCUGACUGCUCCAGUGAUGAUAAAAUGAAUAAAGACAUACUAAAUGGCUUGUUGAGAAGCCACGCAGAAUAUGGAAGUGGGUGUGUUGUCUCAUUUAUUAGCAACGCGAACAAAUUACACACAUGUAAAUACAACAGCGAUGGGGUUAAAAGGAAUGACCCCGUUGACAGCCCUAGCGAUGGGCAAAUAAGAAACUUGGUAGAUAUUUUUUUUAAAAAAAACAACGAACAGAGAAGGUACUCAUUAAGGUAUGGCCUCCUGAAUUCACGCAGUUGGCACGACCUACUACAAAAUUAUUGUGAUAAUAGAACGUAUUACCAAAAAAUAAAAAGUUGCACUUUAAGGAACGAUGAAAGAAAUGUCAAAGGAAGAAUUAAAAGUGAGAAGGGGAGCAAAAUAAGUAGCCCUCUCAAGAGUGAAUUGAAAAAAUUCAGAGAAAAGACAACCCCAGUGGAAUUUUCAGACCCGCAGAAGUUGAAGGACCUCCUCGACUUUGCAGCAAAGGAGGAGAGGGCCGUCAGGCGUGAGGCGAUAAAAAAGGGAGAACAUUUCUUCUGUACAUUAAUCAGCAUAUACAUUAGCAGCACAAAAGGGGAGGAUACUCUUGUUAAGGAUUCUGUGAGCGAUGGCGAAAGUGACACAACGGGGAGGAACAAUUUCUUCUUCGUUAACGUUUAUUACGGGGGGCACGGUGAAAAAAAACGGGGAGAAGGACAACUUGGCGAAGCGGCUAAUAAGAUCGAACUGGUAGAAGUGAACACGGCGCUCGCUCAGUUAAGCAACUUCGUUAGACAACCUGUUACGGGGGAGGACCCCCCAGUAGACAUUUCAAAUUUUAACAGAGUAGCCAAAAUGAUAUGCGAGAUUUACUGCAAUAUGGGUGAUAUGCACGUGAAUGUGUGCCUGAACAUGUGCAGCAAUUCCGGUGUGAAGGAGGAGGACGAACCGAUUUUUAACUUCCUCUGCUCGGUUGAUGCCCCCUUGGAGGAAUUCUUCAAUCUUUUCAUAAAGUAUAUAAAGAGGUCCCCAAUAGGAGGAGGUAGUUUGGGGAUAGAAGGCGAACUUGGAAAAGAGAGGGAAUCCCCAGAAACGGGGGAAAGCCCACCAAAAUCGGAAGCGCAGAAAAGGAUAGAAGAGGUCCUAUUCGGUACUAUCCCCCUGGAUGAACAAACCAAAUCUGAUUUAAUAAAGGAAGUGAUGAAUUUCCCGGAGCAACACUUGAACAAACUCACGUCACUAAACAAAACGCUGCAACAUAAUUAUACCUUUUUUAAGGAAAGGGAAAAAGAACUGCACAGUAGCAUUGCGCGUAUAGUGGAGAAGCAAAACCAAAUGAUGAAGCACUAUCAGGAGGAGGAAAAAAAACGAAAAAAUGAAAUAAUUCAAAUUCUUCAGGAAAUAUCCUUCGUUAGUGAACAAAAUAUGGAAAUAAAAAAUGAAAUAGAAAACCACAAAGGGUUGAAUUUGAAAUAUGGGGAAAUCGAAAAGGAUAGACAAGAGCAGCACUUGAAGAAAUUCCAGUCAGUUGAUACUAUGCUUGAUAAAGAGUUCGAAUCGUUCCUCAAGUUUAGGCACGAGUCGUUAGUAAAUACAGAAUCGGUUGGGAAAAGGGAGAAAGAAGAAAGCGGUGCUGGGUCAUCGAACAACAAAAGGGAAGAACGCACUACCUGUGGCGCUGAGUCCACUUCGCAAGCUGCCAUAGCAGACAUCCGCAAAAAGGAGGAAGAGCAGUACUUGAAAAAUUUAAACGAAGCGAUGAACCAUGCGGAGAAAAUAUUUCGGGAAACUCAGGACGUGAGAAAAAAGUAUGACCAGGCCAUACAACAGAAGGCGGAGUUGUUUUCCAUUUUAAGGGACACCGCGGUAAGGUUCAACGAAAGGGCAAAUUUUCUGAUGAACAAUUUUAAAGGCACAAAGGGGUUGAAGCUGGUAACCCCCAUAGAGGACAAGUGCGUAAACUUUAUGGAAAAAUACGAGCGCCAAAACUUAGUCAUAAAUAAUGACAUGCGGGAGUAUAAAGCCCUACUGGAGGAGCUACAGACACGCAACUUUAAUGAGACACAGUUGCGCUGGAUUCACAAAAUGAGUUCUUUGUCCAAGCAUUUUUAG